AUGUCUCAACGGUCUUAUAAGGGUAAGUUGGGCAUUAUUAUCGGAGGCUCUCGCGGUGUUGGAGUGGCGGUAGCCCACCGGCUGGCUGUUAAGGGAUGCAACCUGGUCCUCGCAUACACAUCUGAUUUUUCAACCGCCUCGACUGAGGAGCUUUGCAAGCAGCUAUCUGACACUUACAAAAUAUCAUGUGGCUGCGUUCAGGCUGAUCUCGCAUCGCCGAUCGAGGCCUCCCAAGCUAUCCUCCUCACCGCCCAGAUAGUCUUCAAAACCUACGCCUCCGAUAAGCCAUUCCAUGUGGACAUCUUAAUCAAUAACGCCGGUGUAUCGUCCAAGCAGCACAUGAAUAAUGAUAAACUAGGGCCCGUUGAGCCCAAGGAGUUCGAGCGCGUCUAUUCCAUCAACGUCCUUGGUCCCCUAUUGGUCACUCGAGCCAUCAUACCUUAUCUUCCCUAUGAUCGCUCUGGUCGUAUCGUCAUAGUUUCCAGUGUCUCCCCCUCAAUCGGCUAUCAGGGUCAAUCUGUCUACGCCGGAAGUAAAGCUGCCGCCGAAUCGAUGACGCGUGUCUGGAGACGUGAACUUCAUGACCGAGCCAUGGUUAACUAUAUUAACCCCGGUCCGGAUUGA